AUUUUUAAGAUAUUUGCUGUAGGGCGGGUUAUACACAAAAAUGACUGAAUUAUCAAAUCAACUGAAUACUGCAGAUUUGUCUGUAGUCGUUGUUUAUUUCUUGUUAAUCCUUAUUAUUGGAGUUGUGGCAAGUUGCUUAUCAAGACGAGAUACAGUUCAAGGAUAUUUUCUUGCUGGACGAAACAUGAACUUCUUUUUGGUUGGAGCGUCUUUGUUCGUAAGUAACAUUGGUAGUGAGCAUUUUAUUGGGCUAGCUGGUUCAGGUGCUUCAGGAGGUAUUGGUGUUGGGGCAUGGGAGUUGAAUGCAUUGAUGCUACUACAGUUGCUUGGAUGGGUCUUUAUUCCUGUCUACAUUGCAUCUGGAAUAUGUACAAUGCCAGAGUACCUUGAAAGGAGAUUUGGGGGUAAACGACUGAGAAUUUAUUUGGCUACCCUAACUCUUAUCUUGUACUGCUUAACAAAAAUAUCAGUUAACCUGUAUUCUGGGGCUUUAUUUAUCCAGCAGUCAAUGGGAUGGCAUCUCUACUCAUCCGUUACACUGCUUGUCUGCCUCACAGCACUACUCACAGUCACAGGUGGUUUGACUGUUGUUAUGUACACUGAUUCACUUCAAGCUGUGCUGAUGAUUGGUGGUGCUUUGUAUUUGACGAUACAAGGUUUUAUUUACACGAAUGGUUACUAUGGUAUGAAAGAAAAGUAUAUGAUGGCAUCUCCAAACAUCACAUACAUAGAAGACACAUAUAACAUUACUGUGAAUGAAUCAGACAGCUGUUUUCCUAAACCACGUGAAGAUUCGUUUACAAUGUUAAAGGGUAUAACAGACGAUGAGAUGCCAUGGUUGGGUUUCUUGCUUGGACAGACACCCUCGUCUAUUUGGUAUUGGUGCACUGACCAGGUGAUCGUUCAACGAGCAUUGGCAGCAAAAAGUCUCUCCCAUGCACAGGGUGGGACCUUGAUGGCUGGUUUCAUUAAAAUACUUCCCAUGUACAUCAUGGUUAUGCCUGGAAUGAUUUCAAGAGUUUUGUACAAAAAUGACAUUGCAUGUGUACCUGGUGAACAUUGUUAUCAGGUCUGUGGAAGUGAAUCUGGCUGCUCGAAUCUUGCUUAUCCUAAGCUUGUUCUUGGAGUCAUGCCUUCCGGAGCAAGAGGAUUGAUGAUGGCAGUUAUGAUCGCUGCUCUUAUGAGUGACCUUGAUUCAAUCUUCAACAGCGCAAGCACCAUCUUCACCCUUGAUUUGUGGAAGCGACUCCGUAAGUCGGCUUCUAACACUGAACUUAUGGUUGUUGGAAGAUUGUUUAUCGUAUUGUUGGUGGGAGUUAGUAUCGCUUGGGUGCCAAUUAUUCUACAGUUUCAAGGAGGACAGCUGUUCUUCUACAUCCAGGAAGUCACCAACUACAUUUCACCACCUAUCGCAGCCAUAUUUCUCACUGGUAUCUUGUGGAGAGGUUGCACUGAAAAGGGAGCAUUUUAUGGAGGUUUGGUUGGCAGUACCCUUGGCCUUGCAAGGUUGAUCACAAUCUUCGUAUACACGCCUCCAAAGUGUGGCGAGAUAGAUACUCGACCGUGGUUUCUCACCAAACUUCAUUACAUGUACUACUCAGCUUUACUAUUUUCAACAACCAUCAUUGUAGCUGUGAUUGUCAGUUACUUCACUAGAAAAUCCCAAGUUCAAGAUCUUGCACGACUUACAUAUUGGACAAGGAAUGUCUCGCUACCUCCAUCUGAGAAAUAUGAACUUGGUCUUAUUAAAUCUGAAAACAGCAUCAAGAAAUCGGAUGAGAGGGACAUACCAUCUGAUGCUGAAGAUGAAGUUUCAAUCAUAGAUAGCCCUCCCGCAACUUUUAGUUUUAAACAAUGCAUGGUGAAGUCAGCUCGCUUUGUUUGUGGAAUUAAAGAUCCUGCUGAUGUUGCUGCUAAAGAGGAAGAUAUGGUUUUUCCUUCCAUGCAUCAAGAUCGUAGAGAGAAGAUCUUUUUGUCCGCAGCUCUGUUUCUGAUACUUGGAUGUGGGGUAUUCAUGUAUAUAUUUUGGUCUGUUUGAUGUUACGAACUACAAGUUGUAUGGAGCAAGCAACUUAUUAAUUUAAAGAAGCGAUAAAUGUAGCAAAUUAAACAUUGUACCACAGCUUACCUUUAUGUAAUGAAUGCUGGCUUUAAACUUGUAAUUCUAUUUUUGUUAAACUUAGUGUUUGUUCGCUACUCUGUGUUUUAGCAUGAAUGUUGGGUGGCUUGUUCUUUUCAAUUAUUUUUUUGUAUUUUGCCAGUUUUUAUGGAAAAAAGCACGCAAUGUUAAAAUAAUCCUCAUUCAAAAUACUGAAAUAUCUUACAAAAUACUCACAAAACUCAAAAUUUUUUUAUCACAACUUGAACUAUUAUAUUUUGUGCCUUAACAAACUGCCACUUUUUUAACAAUUACAGUAAGGGGUUUUUAAACUAAAGGCACAGCUUUUGGUGGACAUCGGGUGAUUUUUAAGUUUCAUAAAAGGGGUAAGAGACAUGGCAAAAAUGAUUAAUGCUUUCAUCAGCAAAUAUGAAAUGUGGGAUUUGUAGAUAUUUUCAAAAAAAGGUUCUCAAAAGUUUAAGAACACCUAAAUUACACUUGUGUUAAAGUUGUACAUCAUUAGUGCACAAGCACUACAUUUAAAAAUACACACUAGCUCAGGUACAAUACUGUUACCUAAGCAAAGUAAGUUCCCCGCCCAGUUCCCAAAAAAGUAACUUACAAAAACCAGCAGCAUGUUUUAUGUACAAACUUAUUUAUUUUCCAUGCCAGUUUUAUGUUACUUUAAAUGUAGCAGCCAAUGAAUGUAUGAAGUAACUUUCAUUUUAACUUAACUGUUUGUUUCUUUGUUUAUAAUAAGUAACUAAACUACCAUAACGGUUCAAUAACUAACUAUUGUUUUACUUUAAAAGUACACUUUGUUAAACUUGCCCAGUCUUUCGUCACUAUGGACAAACUGUAUGGUAACACACAACAAAUAAAUGCAGUGCAAAGAUUUAUUGCUCUCUUUUUGUUUGUUUGUUAAGCAUUCGUUUGCGCAUACUGAUGCACCAGUUAACGUGUCUAUGCAACUACUUCGUGCUUGCUAUUUUAUUGUGUUAAUCCUUAUAUACAGAUACUUAGUAGCGGUUGGUAUUCCUUUAAUUAUUAUAAACAAGAUAACUUCAUUCUUCAAAA